UAACAUUUUCAACAAGAUGCCGACAUGGCUUUUAGUGUUGUGCUCUUUAAUCUUUGGCACAUGUCAAGGGAUGUUGUUCAAUGUUACUCGUAACAUAUUAAAAUCGGGACAGGAUUUCUUCACAAAUCUUGACCCCUCGGCAAAAUGCCCCAACGAGCAAUCAAAUCUUGAUGCCGGAAAACCUUGGUGCACGGAAAGGAAAGCCGAAUGCAGUACUCAAGGCUGUUGUGUCUGUAAAUGCCAGUAUUCUGCUGCAACCUUUCGGAUGGAAAUAAAUCCAUACAACGCAAGUUGUGUUGGAAACAGAAACAUUCGUACUUUUGCAGGCUGUUCAAAGUUGUUUGCAUCAGAAGACGUGAACCAUCCAUUGGUUGUUCUGGAUCCCUCAGCAUCUGGUUUCAAGGGAAUCCCAAACCCAUCAAACAAAUGCAAAGUGAAGUCAGUGCAAUACUUAGACACAAAAUGGAAACCACUUGCCAAGAAAGAUGCUGAUACAUAUAGUAUAAGCAGCCUUUCAAGCUGGCCCUAUGCAGCAUUAUCGUGGAACGGACGUCUGAAUUCUGCUUAUUUCGGUUACAUCACAAGAGUGAAUGUUGACUGUGGGAAAGGACCAAAAGCACAAAACUACUGUGUUCUUUUCAAAACAAGUGGAUCAUUGUCAGUGACCAUUCCAGACCCUUUAACUCAAAUACCACCAGUUACUAAUGCACAGUCAACCACAGUAAAGCAUCCAACAAAAAAAACCACCAAGAAGGCUCCCACAGUAACAACAGCAGCAACAAAAAUAACAGCAGCAGCAACAACAACUAUAACAGCAGCAGCGGCAACAACAACAGCAGCAGCAACAACAGCAGCAACAACAACAAAAGUAACAACAACAACAAAAGCAACAAAAAAGACAACACGCUUUAGUUCAGUUGUGACUGUGAAAUCAACUACAAAUCAUGUGGAACACACAACACAAAGGACAGUUACAUCUGCAAAUGCUGAAACCUACCCUGAAACUAAAGCCCCUUCCUCUAAGCCAACAACAACAGGAAGUACAAGAGGCACAUUAGCAAAAACACAGAAGGCUUCCACAACAGAAAGCCAAGUUAUUACAGGUCAUCCUUCUGAAACGUUGCCAACAGAAUCAACUGCAGGAGAUUUUGCAACUGUGGAACCAACUCACCAUAGUUUAGAAAGUAAAGAGCCAGAAAAUAAUGAAAUUAAGUUUAGUGCUCAAAAACAAGACAAGCUGGAGGACUUGAUGGUUUUUGUAGUGGUAGGAGUGGUAGCUUUGAUCUGUGUCGCUGUUGGGCUGCUGUGCACUUGGGUCAUAAUCAGUCAGCGGAGGAAGCGCAGGAAUGCUGCCAGUUAUGGUGCCGGAACAACAGUUAUUACAAACCCUACAACUGGUUCACAGAACCAAUUCCCUAUGACUGGCCUUUUUAAGAAUCCCAUCUGCGAUGACGCAGUCUACAUAGAACCAGAAGCUAUGGUUCGCAAGUCUUCCGUCAGUCUUGUAGGAAAUCCUUCCUACGGGAAUUUUGAAGAUUUGCUAAUAAAGAACAACGGAGCGAAGGACAGCCAAAAGAUCCCGCUGAACAACGCCACUAAAAAGUCACUUAAUACGUCCACUAGAAAUGUUCCUCCUGCCAAGGAAAAUUUUUAUGACUCUGCUCACGUUACACCUCAUUACAGUGGAAAACCAAAUCAAGAUACACCUGCUUAUCAGAGCUUAGUUGAAGCGAACGUUGUGGCCGCAAGUUACACAUCGGAUCCCACUCUAAACACUUACCAGAGUUUAAAUCCCGAUGGAUUGAUCUAUCAACCUUUAAUAAGGAACGGGGUACAUAAGUGUCAAGAUGAAAUACCUGAAUAUCUCUCUCUUCUCAACCCUGGCGAAACCCCAGGGAAAAUCUUGCCUAGCCAACCUGAGUAUCAACCACCCUACACCACAGGUCGACCCCCUGCGGACUUGGAAGAAUCACCAGAGUAUGCUGACUAUGCAGAUUUAGACGAACUUGAAAAGAUAUCGGCAAACGAGGCCUCUAGUAAUAGUUUAAGUGGAGGAGAAUGCUAUUCAACACCACUAUGUAAUGUCCCGGAGGGGCCCAACUUUGAAUACGCCAAUGCACCCAUGUACGACGUCCUGGAGGGCCCUAAUCAGCAUCCUUAUGGCAACGUCAACCUUGCAUUUGAGCCACCUGCGUACGAGGUCCUUGAACGACCAGAUUCAAAUUGAACCGGGAGAACGCACUAAACAUGCUCAAUCGUGAGGGACCGGUCAUUAUUUAUUGCCUGAGUAGGUAGGGGGGUGCUGGAAUUUGGCUGUUUCACGAUGAAACUUACCUUAUCCCCCUCCCCCCCUUAAGACUGUAAUAGUCUAAUGAUCCCCUCCCUCCCUAGUGGCACUUAAUUGGCAGUUAAUUCUAUCUAGUUCCUCCUUUAUACUCUGUAUAUCCCCCUCCCUCCCCACUGAAAACCAUGUAUUCACCCCCUUCCCCCAAAAAUCCUGCGACCCCGCUCCCCUUUCCAGGCAAUAAAUAAGGACUGGUUCCCAAGUCUCAAAUAGAAUCUCUUAACAAAUCACUGCACUGACGUCAAACUUUCACCAAUAAUGUACAUAUUGAGGAAAACUUCUGGCUUAAAAUAGGUCGCAACCGGUUUUCAGGAAUCGAAUUUACAGGUUUUAAGGCGUUAACCCAGUCUCGGAGUCAAACUCUGGGGCAGGUUUAUGCAAUUAACUUAGUUUAACCCAGAGAGCAAUGUUUCUCCAUCCCCUCUCCUUUACAGGGCACUUCAAAACGGGAGAAAAAUUGGCCCUUCUGAUGAAAAAUUGGGAAAGAGUAUAUUUGAUUGUACUUGCAAGAUAAAUGUCGGUCAAUGUUGCUAGUGGUGACGUCAUCGAUGCGUUUGUCCUCUGGUAGAUCAUGAGCAAGAACCACUCGAAAUGUGUGUACAAUUCGUUUAACACAAACUAAAUGGAUCACAAUCCGCCCGGCAAUCACAAUUCAUGAACGGAUGGAAUUUCAACGGCAAUGCACUCUUUGAAAUCUCUUGAUUCUGGAAUUCGCAUGAACAUUUAUUAUCAAUCAGUGAAAAAACAUAUAUUUGAAGAAAAAGGUUUAUUUUAAGAUUACUUAUCAUUCAUUGUAAAUAUGUUUGAAAAAAGUAUGUAAAUUCAGGUACCAAAAUCAUAUUUGAUCGAAGAUUAUUUUAUUAAAUAACCGAUUCUAUCAUUUAAA